UGCGGUGUUUUUACCCAAAGACUUUGAUGCAAAUUUUCUUAGAAAGUAAGAAGGUAAUGGCAGAGAGCUGAUCUCAUACAUAGGCUACCUCAUCUCUAUUGCUUUGGGCAUCAUGAUGAUCCAGUCUCUAACAGGCUACUAAAAUGUUUGGUAGUUGAGUAGACAUCAGUGAAGAAACUGUGCUUGUUUGAUCCACAUGCACACUUUUGGUUUGCUUAGAAGGGAUUCAUUACGUUUGAGCCUUAGUACGGGGUUGUGAUUGUUGGUUGGAAAUAGAUGAUAACAUGUAUUUACAGUGGGCUUGAUUUAAUUGUGAAAUGUAUUAUUUUGUUGCAGACCUCUUCCUUCUGUGUCUGCAUCAUAGAUAGCUCUCUGCCAUCUACAGUAAUUGCCAGCAGGGAGAACUUGGUACUCUACCAUUGCCAAUUGUCUUAGCAGAGUUAACUGAGAAUUUCCAUUUGACUUUUUUUUUUUUUUUUUGGUUCAGAUUUCAGAGGGGUUCUUGUUAAGAUUUGAGAUGAAACCUUUCUUCGCUUCUCUGGGCACAAAGAACUUUGUCUAGAUUUAAAAAAUGCUGUUGCUGAAUGCUUCCAAAUUUAUUUUGGAGUGAUGGCAAGUCUUUGCAUUUCACUGCAUAUUGUAUGCUCCGUGAAUACCCAGAUGUUUUGGGUACGGCCUUACAAGAAACUCCACGUCUUGCAUGAGCCAGUAGCUAAAGGAAAGCAGGAAAUCAGCAGUCGCUCGGUGCAGAGAAAUGUGUUUGAAGUCGUGGGAGCACUGCUGUCCCUGCCCACAGCAGUGGCUGGCACCCAGCCCCCUGCGCUCCAUGCCACCACCCAGCCAGUCUCUCUCUCUUCUCCCAGGAGGUGCAGCAAAGGCUUUUCCAGUUACUUGCUUCUACGUCUCAGCGAGCUGUUUCUGCUGUGUUUCGGUCGUUGCCACUAGGACAGGCGGAUGCAGCGCUGUCUGCCCGGCACUGAGGGAAGACAGCUGCUGGAGGACCUGCUCCUGCCCAGGUCAAAACCAAAGCUGUCUAAUUGAGAGCAAAGAUGCAGAGCACUUCAAAUUACCUCUGGCUGUUGUCUGACAUUCUAGGACAAGGAGCUACUGCAAAUGUUUUCCGGGGGCGACAUAAGAAAACUGGGGAUUUAUAUGCUGUCAAAGUAUUUAACAGUAUAAGUUUCCUUCGUCCUGUGGAUGUUCAGAUGCGAGAGUUUGAAGUAUUGAAGAAACUGAAUCAUAAAAACAUAGUCAAAUUGUUUGCUAUUGAAGAAGAGACAACAAGUAGGCACAAAGUACUAGUGAUGGAAUUCUGUCCAUGUGGGAGUUUAUAUACAGUUCUAGAGGAGCCGUCUAAUGCCUUCGGUUUGCCAGAGUCUGAGUUCUUAAUUGUUUUGAGAGAUGUAGUGGCUGGGAUGAAUCAUCUCCGGGAAAACGGAAUAGUGCACCGUGACAUCAAGCCAGGCAAUAUAAUGCGUGUUAUAGGUGAAGAUGGUCAGUCCGUUUACAAGCUGACAGACUUCGGCGCUGCGAGAGAACUCGAAGAUGAUGAACAGUUUGUUUCUCUCUAUGGCACAGAAGAGUAUUUACAUCCAGAUAUGUAUGAGAGAGCAGUUUUGAGGAAAGAGCAUCAGAAAAAGUAUGGAGCCACAGUUGAUCUGUGGAGUAUAGGGGUGACUUUUUACCAUGCUGCAACAGGGAGUUUGCCUUUCCGACCUUUUGAAGGACCUCGUAGAAACAAGGAAGUGAUGUAUAAAAUAAUCACCGGGAAACCUUCUGGUGCUAUUUCUGGAAUACAGAAAGCAGAAAAUGGACCAAUUGAGUGGAGCUGGGAGAUGCCUGUUUCUUGUAGCCUUUCAAAGGGUCUGCAAGUACUGCUCACACCCGUCCUCGCAAAUAUUCUGGAAGCAGAUCAGGAAAAAUGCUGGGGAUUUGACCAGUUCUUUGCAGAGACAAGUGACAUACUGCACCGAAUAAUAAUCCACAUCUUUUCGCUCCAGCAGAUGACCUUGCACAAAGUUUAUAUUCACAGCUACAAUACAGCUGCUAUAUUUCAUGAGCUGGUCUACAAACAGACAAAAAUACCGUCUCAGAAUCAAGAACUGAUAUAUGAAGGUCGGCGUUUAAUACUGGAGCCUGGCAGAUUGGCACAACACUUCCCCAGAACUACAGAGGAGAAUCCUAUCUUUGUAGUGAGCAGGGAGCCUGUGAACAUUGUCGGAUUAAUCUACGAAGAAGUUUUACUUCCUAAAGUACAUCAACGUUAUGACUUGGAUGGGGAUGCCAGUAUGGCUAAAGCAGUAACAGGUAUCGUAUGUUAUGCCUGUAGAGUUGCCAGUUCUUUGCUGCUUUACCAGGAGCUGAUGCGAAAAGGCAUACGAUGGCUAAUUGAAAUAAUUAAAGAUGAUUACAAUGAAAUGGUUCAUAAAAAGACUGAGGUUGUCAUCAGGCUGGAUUUCUGCAGCAGAAACAUUGAAAAAGCUGAGAAAAUAUAUGAGAAUUUGAUGCAGAUCAACUUGGAAUCAUCAGAAGUGGAUGAAAUUUCAGAGAUACACACAAAACUGUUGCGUCUGUCCGGCUCUCAGGGCACAAUAGAAACCAGUCUUCAAGAUAUCAAAAACAAGCUUUCUCCUGGUGGUUUACUGGCUGAUACCUGGGCAAAUCAAGAAGGCAUGCAUCCAAGAGACAGAAAUCCAGAAAGGCUGCAGGCACUGCUAUGUUCCAUCACAGAUAUUUAUUAUCAGUUCAAAAAAGACAAAGCAGAACGAAGGCUUCCUUAUAAUGAAGAACAAAUUCACAAGUUUGACAAGCAGAAGCUGUAUUUACAUGCUACAAAAGCCAUAGCUCUAUUCAAAGAAGAAUGUGUCAGCAAGUAUGAUAUAUUUCUGGACAAGGCUGAGGACUGGACAAGGAAAAUGCUUCACAUAAGGAAGCAGUUACUGGCUCUCACCAACCAGUGCUUUGACAUUGAAGAAGAGGUAUCCAAAUACCAAGAUUAUAUAAAUGAGUUACAAGAUGCUCUGCCUCAGAAAAUGUUUGCAGCUUCCAGUGGGAUGAAACACACAAUGAAUACAGUUUACCCAAGUUCAAACACACUAGUGGAAAUGACUCUUGGUAUGAAGAAACUAAAGGAGGAAAUGGAAGGGGUUGUUAAAGAGCUGGCUGAGAACAACCACAUUUUGGAAAGAUUUGGUGCUUUGACUACGGAUGGUGGCCUGCGGAAUGUGGACUGUAUCUAGCUUUCAAAGGACUUGAAGAGGACUUGUAAAUUUUUCGAAGGGAAAAAAUACAAUUGGGACAUGUAAAAACAGAUAAUAAUUCUGUACCCAGUUUUUUUCCUCUGCAACUGUAGUAUUAAAAAAUGUAAAUAUGUAUAAUAUGUAAAUAUAGAAGAUAUAUAUAUCUUUUUUGUCAACAUUAGAAUAGAAUUACUCCUGGCAGGGAAUUUAACCCAUGGAAGAUCUCUGACAGAGUCCUAAAGGCAAAAGCGUUGUUGAUGAAGUUGAUAUGUAUUUGUUUUUAAUAUUGCCCCUUUUUCAGAGUGCAAUUUACUCUUUAUUGCAAGAGAAUUUGCAAAAUACUAAAAAUUAUGAUUAGUCUUUAAAGGGUGUUUUGGUUUUCCUUUAACCACUACUGUUAUUUUGGAGUCUACUUGAAUGACUCUAAUAUCACAAAACAGGAGGACUGUUAAAUCAGGUCUCUUUAAGUAGGUGUGAAUGGGGACUAAAAGCACAGACAGGACAGAGUGGAAAUGCCUUUCUCUUUCCUUCACAUCCAGACUGUUAGUUCACUACUACAAGAAAAUAAAUUCACAACUUUUUUUAAGUCCUUGUCCAUAUUUGGUGCCAUGUUGUCUGCUCUGUAUGUGGAAGUUUUGCACUCCAGGUUGUCAGACUGAAUGUAGAAACUCCUUUUGUAAAGUAAUGUUUUCAGAGUUUUUCUGAAAUCUUGUUGCUCACCACAAGAGAAGUGGGUUCUUAAAGUAAGAUAGAUUUUUGAGAAUUCUGUUUGCAGACAUAGUUUUAAAAGGUUAAAAAUUUUGUAAGAAUUUGGGGGCUGUCACUAGACUAGAUAGCACUAUGCCUCAGUGGUAACUGAAUACUAGAAAAAUAACUUACCAGUUCAGAUCGUGAAAAAGGACCUCACCCACUGCUGACUUAUGACUGAGAUAUUAAGUGAAAAAUGUAGUAAGACUGUGUAUUUAUUUUCCGGGAUCAGUAGUCACUGCUUUCCAGUACUACAUGAUUGGGUUGCAGAGAUGCAGAAUGAAACUGUCUGCUCCAAAAUAUGUAAAAUGAGAGGAGGAAGAGAAGAGGAAAACAAACCAAAAAGAUCCCUUAGAAAACAACUUUUACUUUGUUUGGAUACUACAGGUGCACUUGUUUCAGGUGAAGAACAUGUAAAUGUUGCAGGUUUCACUCUUUCUGUGUAGAAACCUGUUUAGAGAUGAUCAAUAGUAUCCAAAUAGCUCUUCUAGUUGCCUUAUUUAAUCCGUAAGAAGAGCUGGAUCCAUGCUAUUUAAAAUGAUUCAUAAUUAGUGGUGAAAGAUUUAGGUCUAAACUAAACAGUAGUAACCUGUGAUAGCAUCUAAGAGUUUUGUGGUUUUUAUACCCUGCUUAUCUGUCCGGGUCAGUAAGCAACACAUUUCCAUUUUACUAAAAAAAAAAAAAAAAAAAGUAUGAAAUUUAUAAGUGAUUAUUUCUUUGCUGAAAGAAGAGGAAAUUCACUGCCUUGAUAUCUUUGAGACCUGCUUUCCAGUGUUCUUGGUUAGAAUCAAAUAUUAGAAGGAAAAUCAAAUAGUCACUAUCACAUGGGUCUAAGAAUAUUCCUUUGCAAGCUUUGUUAAAGAAAUCUAGCUAUGCAAAACUAGUGCAGCAGUUUGUUACAUGUUUUUCCUUGGUUAGCCAUGGCAUUCCUAACUGUUUGUUUUAAUAUACUGGAAUCAUGUUUAACUGGAAUGUUUUAAUGCCUGGUUGUGCAUUCAUUUAUUCACAUCCACAGUCUCACUGCAUGUCAGUAAAACACAUGCCUAGGUGUUAAAUAAUCAGGCUCUCAAAUUGUACAUAAAUUAUAUAUUUUUUUCAACAUUAUGUUAGUAACUGUUGUUUCAAAGGUUCUUAAUUUUGAAAGAAAUUGAAUAUUGGAAUAUAUAAUUUUUGACUUCCUUUAUAUUGAAAGUCUGAAAAGGAAAGUUAAUUGUAGUAACAAUAUUGUCCACGUAUUGAAGUAUGUGCGGCAUUCUUUUACAUGGUUGAAAAUGUUUUAUGUUCUAUUAUGUUCAUUUUAAACAUUGCUGGUUUUAGUGUUGCUAAAUACAUCAGUAAUCGUAAUCUUGUUAAAAUUACUUUUUUUAAAAAAGUAAUUUUUAUUUACUUUUUUUUAAAAAAAAAAAGUAAUUUUAACUAAGCACUAGCUAAGGAACCUGAAAUAAUCAGUUCAUAAUUUACUGAUUAUGUUCUUAUGAAGCGUGUAUCUUUUUCAUGUUGAAGCAUGGUGUAUGAUACCAUGGAAUUUUUGGCUCAUACUAAGUGUCCUGAUACUAUCAGUUGCGCUACUGAUUUGCCAAAAGAAGUAAUAGGAAGUAAUAUAUGGUUCUUCCUCCUGAAGCUGGUGAACUGUUUUGGGGGGUUUAGCUUAGUAUAUUAAUUAUCUGUUACUUGAACAAAUCUGUCUUCAUACGAAUUGUGAAAAUGCAUGAGUGAAUGACUUAAAUACAUCAUCAACCACUUA